AUGAUAUCCCCAAAGAGACUUGCUGCGAUGACGAGGAAUUUCGUUGCAAAGAAGAAGAAGAAGAAGAAGAGCGUAAGUUGGUUGUUUGGAACAUCAACGACAACAACAAGAGCAGGAAAGAGAGACCACGUUGUCGUUUACAGCAGCGACGACAAGCGUUUUGAGUUGGCGUUGAAAUAUAUGGGAAGUCUGCUAAUAUUGGAACUGGUGAGAAUGUCGACGGAGAUGGAGGCAGUGGACGGAGACGGAGAUGGAGAUGGAGAUGGAGAUGGUCAUACUACUAUCAGGUUGGCUUGUGAGAGUUCCAUCUUGGAGUAUGUCAUUUCUUUCAUUGACAAGCAUGAUGGGUAUGUCGAUGAAGAUACACAGAAGGCUCUUCUCAGCAUCUUCGUCUCAAAUAUUGGUCACACUCACCACCAGAGCCACACUUCGUGA